UUUUUAUCCGCAAUUUUUUAUUCGCAAAUUUCUAUCCGCAAAUUUCUAUCUGCAAAAAAUGUUGCACAACAAAAUACAAUUUCCAUAUGUCCGUAUAAACGUUCAGAAAUGUCCCAAAAAUGACUAUCACUUCAACUCUAAAAAUCAAAUUUGUCUUCUUAGAUCCUUUACCCUGGUCAAAAUGGCAAUUUGCAUUUCUGUCCUCGCCUCUUUCCUUUUACAAAUGUACGUAAUUGUGGAAAUUGUUUGGACAAAAUGUCGCAAACUUUUAUUUGAAGAACAAAUUGAAAAUAAAAUUUCCCAAAAUGAUUACGAAAAGGAAUCAAAAGAGGAUAGCUGUCAGUAUGAGGAGAAGGAAGUUACUGACAACAAACGUUGGAUACCUUUGCUCCCUCAACAUUUUAAAUUGGGCACUGAAUUGUUAGUGCGGACAUUGUUGGUGACUGUUUGUUGUUAGUUUUUUGGAAAAUAAUUUGCUCUAAUUGAAUGCCCAGGGGUCUAUUUUUCAAUCUUCCUCCAAAGGGUCUUUCUAUUAGAGGGGAAGGGUAUUCAAUUGGAGUAGAGCAUUCAAUUGCUAUUCUAUUGAAGGAAGUUUUCGAAGUUUUGUGACUUUU